GAGGACUCACAGAGAGGCUACGCACGGCUAACUUCAUAAGUUGUGAGACACUUUAUUGUAUUGUAAUAAUUUCCCGUUCGAUGGAUCUAAGAAAAACGCGUGUCAAGAAACACAGACUUGUCAUUCAAAGCAUCUUCUCUCAUUCAAGACGUUCCAACCUCUUCUUCUUUCUCUCAAUCGAUGGACAAUUUUCGUCCAGUUUUGCCAUACCUGUGAAAAGAUUGAUGCGGUUUAUACGUGUUAUCAAGUUCAUACAAUAUUCAUCGUGGAGUCUGUAUUGCCGAAAUUUCUGCGAACAAUUCUUUUUCCAACCACGGGUCGUGCCUAAGGACCUGAUAAGUUGACUUUCAAUCGAUUUUUUACCUGGUCCAACGAUUAGGUGAAUUGUUGGAUGACCUGCACUGCACGAUAGAACUUUUAUUUGGUAUGCGUACGCCGCCGACCAUUGGCACAGAUACGCUAUUGAGUUCUAGACCAUAGAGUUGUAUAGAGCGACCGCUAGACCCAUUUUCUCUGUGAGAUCGCCGGUGAAUGUGGCUCCGGCUAAUCGCUUCGCACCGUCAGUUCACUCCGCUGCUCAAGCACAGAGCGGAAAGAUAAACGACAAACAAGGGCAUCGUCUGCUUAUUCUCCAGUCGUGAACUCUCCAGCCCUCUUCCGUCCCACGGACAUUUACCCGACAAGGACUCUAACCAACGGACCUUGUCCGUACAUCUGAGUUAAUUCGACCGAGUUUUGUGGCCUAUAUGUUUGGAGAGAAUAACUUAGCGACCAUGGCUUUCCUGCCGAGCCAAGCAGCGUCAUGUCAACGGCAAACUACGCCGCCAGGUGCCCCUCACAACCCAGUCACCAUGUCGAUGGUCAUGGAUUUUCACCGACGUGCCACUCUCUCACACGGUGCAUGUAAGAGUCACGGUGGCGUGAACCAACUAGGAGGUGUGUUCGUCAACGGAAGGCCGCUACCUGAUGUCGUUCGCCAACGCAUCGUCGAUCUCGCACACAGCGGCGUCAGGCCGUGCGAUAUCUCAAGACAACUACGGGUUUCACAUGGAUGCGUUUCCAAAAUUCUCGGCCGAUAUUAUGAAACCGGUUCAAUACGACCCGGUGUUAUCGGAGGAAGCAAACCCAAGGUUGCGACGCCAAAGGUGGUGUCGAAGAUUGCCGAUUAUAAACGACAAAAUCCGACCAUGUUCGCCUGGGAGAUUCGGGAUCGGCUGCUGGCCGAGGGCGUGUGCGAGAAAGACAACGUUCCCAGUGUCAGCUCGAUUAACAGGAUUGUAAGGAACAAGCUAGGAGACAAGAAGCUCGAUGAGCAUCAAACGGGUUGUCUUCCGACCUCUGGUUCCCCUCCAUCCUCCCUCAUCCACCCAGGGGACCCCGAAAGGACCGGCUCCUCCUACUCUAUCAACGGGAUCCUGGGCAUCCCCAAGCAGGAGAAGAGGAUCAAGGGAGAACUCUACCCAGAUGGUACACCAGGGCAUCAUGAUGGCCAGUCUGUCUUGGCCGAAGAAGCCCGCAAGAUGAUGAAGACGAACAGUGGUGCUUUCUCUCCCCACCAGAUCGAAGCGAUGGAGAAGGCUUGUAACCCCUCACUCUACCCCGACGUCUACCGCAAGGAAAUCGCCCAGGAUGCCCGUGGUCAGGUGAUUACCAGGAAGAUGGUCGGUAUGCCUAUCUCCAGCGCCUCAGAAUACCAUGCGAGUUUAGAAGCACAGCGCCAUCAUGCGGUGACAUCAGGUUAUCAUCAAACAGGCCAGAGUCGAGAUAUGACCCCACUUCACGGCUACCCAGCCUCAUCUCAAGGCGGUUAUUCCAGCGGCUCGGUGGCCAGUAUCGUGCCUCCUCUAGUGCUUCCACCGGGCGGUGGCUCUUACAGCCAUAGCGGACGGGAAGGUGAAUAUUCCUCCCAGUUUUCACAGUACAACCAUCCCCACGCCCAAUUCUCAGUUUCAGGCCAUUACAACGAUUGGCAACGCUAUACUGGUAGCCAGAGCCUGCUAACCAAACAAGGCAGCCCCCAGGCGCAUGCCCAGAUGUCAACCCACAAUCAGGCCAGUCACCAGCAACAUCAGCAACAGCACCAGCAGCAUCAGCAAUACCUGUUGCAAGCUCAAAGCCACAACGCACAUCUACAUCCCUCAUCGCAAGCUGGGUUGGUCGGCGACCCCCAUAACAGAGUUGUAUCGCCACAAAACGUCACAACCACCACCUCCCCCGCUGGCAACAGCAGCACCCCAAGCAUCAACCAUCAUCCAGGAUCGCAACCCCAGCAACAUCAUCCACAACAGAUGCGGCACAGUCCUCAUGAUCUUACGGCCACCACAAUGGCGGCGUCGCCCGAUACCAGUGUAGUUGUCAUCUCAACCGGUCCCGCUGGGGAACCAAGGGGUACAAACGUUCUGGAUCUACGUACAGGGGUAACAAAUGGCACCCCUGUCGUUUAAUAACCCCAAUCUACCCACCAUCAUCACCACAAUCAAUAACAACGAUUCAACUAGCUCAUGAUCCCCUUCCAUUGAGUAUGCUGAAUGCUGGUUCCAAUACGUAAUUAUAUGUAUGUCUUGAAACAAACACUUCUGGUUUUCCGUCAUUAUAAUGCCUGUCGAACAAACUAUAUUGAAAAAAAAAGCUAUAUUUCAGGAUGAAAACAUAGAAUGAUCAAGUGCAAAUUAUGCAACCAACUAUUUCCCACCAUAAGUUGAAUGUCCCACCAGAUACAAAUCAUUCGAGUUGGAUAGUCCUCCGAAAUCGAGCGUAAUGAUGGAUCAAAACUUUGGAUAUCCCCUUUUUAUAAACCACCGUUUUUGUUCGUAGCGAUUUUCCUGUACAAAGUAUAUCAAACAGUUCUUAUUGUAAAUAGAUUUAUUUUCUAUGAAAAAAGGGCCUUUCUCUGAAAUGUUUAGAAAAAUAUUCAAUGUUUCCUUUAUAUUGUAUAUAUUUAUUCCAUGUUUUUUUUGUAGUGUAUAUUUUUUGGUGAAUGUGUGUCUUGUAUUUAUACCUUAUACGACGACGAUUCCAACAUCGUGCGUAUCUUCUGUUAUGUGAUGGGCAAGGCAAUGCUUUAUACUUGUAGAAUAGUUGAUUUGAUGGCGUGAACGCUGAACAUGAAGGUUCACAGAUCGAAGUUUACUUAAAAACCUUUCCCCUUUGUACUAUUAUAUUAUUUUCUUGGCUAUAAUAAACGCACAAACAAAAUGCACAGUACGGCCUUUUGCUGCAUCUUAUCUUAUUUAUUCACUUGGCUACAAAGAAGUUUUUCGAACCUUUGAUGUUUCUUAAGAAAUUGGUUGAGGUGAUGUUUUCUAAAUAGAUGAAUUAAGUUAUUCAUUCCUUGUUUACUGCUCUCGAUUCUGAACAUGUCGUUUCAACGCUAUGCGAAGAAAACAUUGAAAUAUAUUUCCAAGUGUAUUCGGGCAGGUAUUGGUGCAAUAGGAUUACUUUAGUCGUUUUUAUUCAUUUUUAAAAUAUAUUUUGAUUAUUCUUUAGGAAACUAACUCAGAGUUAGUGAGUUCGAUUUCCAUCUAUUAGCAGUAGCUUAGAACUUUGGGAUGACAGUGGAUUUAAAUCCAUCGUCACAAACAUGGAUGUUUUUGUUUUUUACAUUAUCAAACUACAAAUAUUAAUAUAUUUGUCAUAAUUCUGUGCGAAACCUACGCAAUCGUGCAAGCAGACAUUUUGAAAUACUUUGCGAUAAUUUGUGAUAAAAAAAAAGGAUGCACAUGAAUUCAGUCGUUUUCGUUCACAUGGUUAAUGGUCAUGAUGAUAUUUUGUAUUUGUCACGGUUAGAUAUGGAAGUAGAUGAUUCACAUUAUAUAAAGGUAUUCGCCUCAGGAAAUUCAAUGAAUUAUGUAAUAGGCAAAGAUGUUGAUAAUAAUUGCGUUAUGAAUGAAUGCACAAGUAUUCAUAUUAUUUUGUCCGUCAAAUUUGAUUGUAGUAUUCACAUUCUAAGACAUUUUCAAAUUAGAUAAUCUUUUUCUCAUGUAUUUUAAGAUUUCUGUGUCACAAAAAGUUUAUUAUUAAAUUCAUCUCCUGUCUUGAUAGUAAAGAAAAAAUCCCGGGCAUUCUGACUAAAAGCUGUAAUUCAACAUUUGUUUAUCUGGAAAAAUAAAAAAGCAUAACAUGAUUGGUCUUUCUAAAGAAGAUCUUCAGAUUUAAUUGGAUUUUUAGUUAUAAGAACUAUGAUUAUUGGAUUAUCUUUGGAAGAAACAAAAAUGAAUGCUUUAAUAUAAACUUAUUUCAUUCUUGAUACUGUCACCAUCGACCAUAACUGUUUAUAUCUUGUAAUAUAUCAUAUUUAUUUAUGUUAGUAAUUUCGUUAAAACAUUAUCUUCUUUCGAAAAUAAAAAAAA